GCCGCGCGGGGGUCACGUGGCCCUUUCCUUUCCGUCUCUGGUCGGCUGGGCGCGGGCGACUGCUGGCGAGGCGCGUGGAACCGCGAGCUGGUUCCCCUCCGUGUCCUCUUCCGGCCCGGGCCACUAAGGAGUUCGCUGACCCCGGGUGAGCUGAGCCUGCCGCCAAGAUGCCGGCCUAUUUCCAGAGGCCGGAAAAUGCCCUCAAACGUGCCAACGAAUUUCUUGAGGUUGGCAAAAAGCAACCUGCUUUGGAUGUUCUUUAUGAUGUUAUGAAAAGUAAGAAGCAUAGAACAUGGCAAAAGAUACAUGAGCCAAUUAUGUUGAAAUACUUGGAACUUUGUGUGGAUCUUCGCAAGAGCCACUUGGCUAAGGAAGGACUAUACCAGUAUAAGAACAUUUGUCAACAGGUGAACAUCAAAUCUCUAGAGGAUGUUGUUAGGGCGUAUUUGAAAUUGGCAGAGGAAAAAACUGAAGCUGCUAAAGAAGAAUCCCAGCAGAUGGUCUUAGACAUAGAAGAUCUGGAUAAUAUUCAAACUCCUGAAAGUGUGCUACUGAGUGCUGUAAGUGGUGAAGACACGCAGGAUCGUACUGACAGAUUGCUUUUAACUCCAUGGGUGAAGUUCCUGUGGGAAUCAUAUAGACAGUGUUUGGACCUUCUUCGAAACAAUUCUAGAGUAGAGCGCCUCUACCAUGAUAUUGCUCAACAAGGUAAAAUGAAACCAUGAAAUCUGAGUAAACUGGUUUGAAAAGU